GCGGGACUCUCCCUCCCUCUCUCUUCGCCCCUUUUCGCCUUCUUUUCGGGGCUCAGCCAAAUCGGUCAGGGCUCAGUCCGACUCAUCUCCGAUCAAGCUCCUGCGGAUUCCGAUCGCUUGUUCUCGAUUCUCCAGGUGUGGAUAGUGUGGACUUCACCAAUCUUGACUGUGUUUCCUUCUGGAAGAUUGUUUGCAUGAUGUGCACAUACUUGAGACAAAGGGAUAAGCUGGUCGUUCCUCUAUUGAGUGGCAAAAUUGAAGUUUCUUGCAUAGUGAGAUGAGAAAAUUUUUACCACAGAUUGCUCUUGCACUGAUGGGGGAGCUCUUUCGGCUUUGUAUUGGUAGAAGAAUUGACUGGAGAAAGAUUUUCUUUUUCGGAGUCAUCAUGACUUUAGCCAGUGUUCUGCUUCCAAACAUCAUCUUCCCUUAUACACUGGACACAUGGUUCUUCUCUCCUUCCGUAACAAUUUUUCCACAUGCUAUUUUCAAUGGAACCGCCCAUUUGAGUGAGACUGUCAAUGGUGCAAGGGUUGAACAAUCUCACCUAGUUCCAGCUGCCCCAGUCACUUCUGUAAAUGCUUCAACUAACUUAACUCAGUUCGUGUCAGUUGAGGAGGAGAUACCUGCAGUAACUCUAGAAGAAAAGCUGCAGUCUAAUUUAUCAGAGAAGAUCAACAUAUUGGAAGAAGAAAAGAUUUUAUCCUCACCUCUCCCUUUUCUUGCUUCCCCUCCUCCCCCUCCUCCUAAAAGAUACGUGUCCCCACCACAUUUGCAGAGAGGCUUAUGGUCUUUGCCACCUCAUGAGGCAUUGGUAUAUGCAAAAAAGGCGAUUGCACAUGCUCCACCAGUUACUGAUGUUCCAAAUUUGUAUGCUCCGUUAUUUAGAAAUAUUUCUGUCUUCAAAAGGAGCUACGAAUUGAUGGAACAAAUACUCAAGGUUUAUAUAUAUCCAGAUGGACGACGUCCAAUUUUCCACCAACCCUACCUCAGGGGAAUCUAUGCUUCGGAAGGUUGGUUCAUGAAGCACAUGGAGGGGAACCGCCAAUUUGUCACGAGGGAUCCUGAAAAGGCUCACUUGUUCUAUCUAGCUUACAGUGCACGCCAGUUGCAGAAGGCACUUUAUGUGCCUGACUCUCAUAAUAUGAGACCGCUAUCGAUUUUCUUGAGAGAUCAUGUGAAUUGGAUUGCUGCAAAAUAUCCUUUCUGGAAUAGGACACAUGGGUCGGAUCAUUUCCUCGUUGCUUGUCAUGACUGGGGUCCAUACACAGUGACUGAGCAUGAGGAACUAAGGAAAAACACCAUAAAAGCUCUAUGUAAUGCUGAUCUAUCAGAAGGAAUUUUUUCUGCUGGAAGGGAUGUUUCCCUAGCAGAGACGACAAUAAGAACCCCAAGGAAGCCUCUUAGAUAUGUUGGUGGUAAGAGAGUGUCUCAGCGCCCCAUUCUUGCAUUCUUUGCUGGAAACAUGCAUGGUCGGGUACGUCCCACUCUUCUCAAGUUCUGGCAAGAUAAAGAUGAAGACAUGAGAAUUUAUGGGCCUCUGCCCAAUAGAGUCUCCCGGAACAUGUCUUAUGUAGUACACAUGAAGUCUAGCAAAUACUGUAUAUGCCCCAUGGGUUAUGAAGUUAACAGCCCCAGGAUUGUCGAGGCAAUAUACUACGAAUGUGUUCCGGUUAUAAUCGCUGACAACUUUGUUCCUCCUUUGAAUGAAGUCCUAGAUUGGAGUGCUUUCUCUGUCAUCGUGGCAGAGAAGGAUAUUCCAAAACUAAAGGAGAUACUAUUGGCGAUUCCUAUGAGGAAGUAUAUGCAGAUACAAGCCAAUGUGAAGAUGGUGCAAAAGCAUUUUCUGUGGAAUCCAAGACCACUCAGAUAUGAUUUGUUCCACAUGAUUCUGCAUUCUAUUUGGUUUAGCAGGUUGAAUCAGAUCUCUCUCCCGUCAGCAUAGUAACUUUCUCUCUUUUUGCUGUGGUCUGAAGUCAAAGAGCGUGCUUGAGAUCAGAUGGAUAAACUUAUGCAAAAUUAGCAGAAGCGAUUAAUUUGCACUCUCCGAAAACGACAGCCCUGUUAUUUGAGACUACGACAGAUUUUGGCAGUACUUCAGAAUCAAUGACAGCCCUAGGAUACCACGGGGGAAACAUAUGAAUUAUGCAUGACUAAUGUUGCAGGUACGUUUGCUCAUCCUAAUUACUAACUUUCUCGGGGUUGGGAGACAAGUGCGGACAUGAAUUUGAUUGGCUGAGAAUACGCUUCACUAGAUUCUACUGUGGAUCCACAACUGCCUCUGCCCCAGGCUUGAUUUUAACUUGCACCUAGAACUCACUGCUUUGGAACGAAGUACGUUCCGACCAAUAGGCGGACCUGGCCUGGGGACCAGGCUAGAAAAUCUUUGUCUAUGCCCACCCUCGCUUAACUUCACUCAGUUCUUCCGUCGCCUUGGUGAGUGCAUUCGGUGCUAUCCACUUCCCAUCAUGUCUAAUAGUAAAAGCCGAUCUCGUGUUGUCAAGGAAAUUUUGUGCACCUUGUGCAUGCAUGCAUCAUCUCUGCUGGUUUCUGAAGCUUUAUGUCGACCUUCUGCAGCGAGACGACCACCCACUUGGUGGAACACUCUUUAAGAGCAUGCGGCAGAUACAGCGAGUUGGUAUGGCUUCAAACUCCAUAUGACAUUGAGGUGUACAGAAACAAUCUCUAAGAAUGCCCCACUGUACAGCAUUAUUGUUUUGUGUGAGAAACAGGACCAUCAAUUUGUACUGUGACCACCACCUUCAU